AUGUCCAACUCCUAUUCGCUCUCUGCUUCGCGCUUAUUAUUUCAGGGAGAGGAGGGGGAAAUGAGGACAAUAAGGAAUGGAAAGAUCAAGGAAAGGGAGAAAAAAGAUGUUUUUCUUUAUUUCUUGAAAGAAAAAUAUCUUCGCUUUCAUUUAACGGUUGUUGCCUUGGAGGAGCAUCCAAUAAACAAUGGGUGGAGUUUGAAUGGCAACUACAUCAGCACUCCAUUGAUUGAGAAGGUAUUCCGUGCUGUUGACAGAGCAAAUUACUAUCUGCCAGAACAUCGUGACAAUGCCUAUAAAGAUGUGGCUUGGAAACAUGGGCAUUUACAUUUAUCAGCACCCUGCAUUUAUUCAGAGGUUAUGGAAUCUCUCAAACUGGAACCAGGGCUCUCUUUUCUAAAUCUUGGAAGUGGUACUGGAUACCUUAGUACCAUGGCUGGUCUCAUUUUAGGUCCGUACGGUAUAAAUCAUGGCAUUGAGUUGCACAAUGAUGGUGUGCAAUAUGCCCUUGAUCGUCUUGAAGAAUUUAAACUAAAAUCAGAAAUGUUUGACGAGUUUGAAUUUUGUGAACCAAAAUUUGUGGUUGGCAAUUGCCUUCAAUUGAACUCUGGUGUACGUCUUUAUGACCGUGUCUACUGCGGUGCAGCUUGCCCAGCAGAACAUGAAAAUUACAUGAAGAAUCUCAUUAAUGUGGGUGGCAUUCUUGUUAUGCCUCUCAAUGACCAGUUGUUACAGAUUCGUCGAAUAAGCGAGACAAGUUGGGAGACAAAAAAUGUCCUUCCUGUGUCCUUUGCAUCCCUUGUUCCUCCAAAAGACAGUAAUACAGAAACUGUUGAGUUACCUGAUGUCCAGCUGCCUAGUCUUCAAGAUGUUGCCCGUAUUGCCAUCCGUAGCAUCCUGCGUGCCAACAUCCUCAAAGAAUAUCCCUAUCUGCAUAAUAACCACAGAACCAAACGCAAAGCCAGCAAGAAUGGCAAAAAUGGCAAAGCUACCAAAGACAGACGGAUUCAAUUCCAAAUGAUGAUGCUAGAGCGUUGCUAUAGUGACGAUGAUGAUGAUGAUGAUGACGAUCAGUACUUUCCAAAUGUCAUCUCUCCUUCAAGCUCAGAGGAAAGUGUCAGCUCUGAACAUGAUACAGCCGAAGAGGAAUCUUCUGACCAAACAGUCCCUGGUGGUGUGCGACGACGGGCUUGCCCUAAGUCAUCAAAUUCCUUGAGUGUAAAGAUGGAAGUUGAUGAACAGAGUGAUGGUUCAUCUACACCUGUGAAAAAGUUGCCUCGCUACCGCACCCGCUUUCGGAUUGGGCAAACUUUAGGUGCCAGUGAGGAAAAAGAUGAGGAAGAAGAAGCUUGUACACCCACCACCGCUGCCGAGUCAAUGGACACCAGCAAUGGUCGGAAAAAAACUAACGAUAACAUCUCUGAUGAUGAUUCAGACUCUGAAGAGGAGAACUUUGGAUUUACUAAUCCCAAAUUGUUGAAACGCAAUGUGUUUGCCGCACGUACAUCUCCUCCUGUCACCACAAAGGUCAAAGUGUGGUGCUCUUCUACUGCCAGUGCUGACACAUCUGAGACGUCCGGUGUUGGCACAAUGAGUGACCACUCCGAUGCUGACAGUGGCAAGGAUGGGCUCAACAGCAAUAAAGAAUCACCUGGCACAGACAGUGGUGCCUGGUCACAUAGUUCUGCAGACAAUAUAAAUGAGACUGAGGAGACAAAACCCAAGGAGAAUAUAAGAGGAUUUAUCUACCAAACUGUGAUAGACAGAGGACCUCUCUCUCUCUCUCUCUCUCUCUUAUGCUGUACAUUUGCAUUUACUUCCAAUACUUCUCUUCUGAUGUUUCUGCUCAAUUUUUUAAUCUCUGAUUAUAAUCUCACUUCUUUCUCCAGCCCACCCCCAACACUUUACAAAUUUGUCUCCCUAGUAUUCUUUAACUUUACCCCCACCCCUUCUCUCUCUCUGGGUACAUUAAAAAGGGGAAAAAUCAGCCAUUAG